UUUGACAGCAUAUUGCGUAAGUCAACCUUCCGGAAGACAGGCGGUCAGCAGGAAAGUUUUGUAUUUAAAGGGCACCAGUAUCUGCAGCAUACUUAGAAGUCUUCUACCAUUGAACACCAGAACCAUGGCUCGUCUGUUCGCUGCCUGCCUAGUCGCAGUUUCCGUGGCCUGCGUGGCCUCCUACCAGCAAACCAUAGGCCUGGGCGGAUCUUAUGCUGGUGACUACGGCAUGGGUAGCAGUGGCGGUCUGAAUGGCUACGGCUACGGCGGCAACGGUUUCGGCUACGGCGGCAACGGUUUCGGCUACGGCGGCAACGGUUUCGGCUACGGCAAUGGCCUCUACGGUUCCAGCUUCGGCGGAAGCGGCUACGGUUCCGGCUAUGGAAGCGGCUACUACGGGUCCGGCUACGGAAGUGGAGGCUACGGCAUUGGCGGUGGCUUUGGCAGGGGCCGUGGCGGCUACUGGGGCGGCUCAGGAGGUUACGGCAACCAGCAAAUGCAACAGCAAACUAUGUGGUGAACACCUCGAAAAGCAAGACAAAUAUUGUCGACAUGUGGGCUGAAGUUUAAUAAAA